CCCAACCCAAACUGGAAAAUACCCUCAGGAAACCAAUUCGAACACAGUUCAAAAAUGGGAUCUGCAACUCAAUUGCCUCUUCAAGUCAAGCUUCUCAUCUUUGGUUUCUUCCUUGCUUUCCUCCUCUUGAUGUUCAGGUCAAGCUUCUUACCUUCUUCUUUCCAGAACAACCCAUUAUCUCCAAUUCCAGAAAUCAAAUCAACAGAAACAUGUAACAAGAUCCCAACACCAUUAGUCCAAGCUCUGAUUCACUACUCAACCUCAAAUACCACCCCACAACAAACAUUCAAAGAGAUAUCAGUCUCAGCUAGAGUCCUAGACAAGAAGUCCCCCUGCAAUUUCCUAGUCUUUGGCCUUGGCCAUGAUAGCCCUCUCUGGAGCUCUUUGAAUUAUGGUGGGCGAACGGUUUUUCUCGACGAAGAUGAAUCGUGGAUCAAGCUAAUCAAGCAGAAGUUUUCAAAUUUAGAGGUUUAUCAUGUUGGGUAUGAGACCAAAGUGAGAGAUGCAGAGAACCUUUUGAGGAUUGGUAAGGAAAAGGAGUGUACGGUUGUGAGUGAUAGAGAGAAUUCUAAGUGUCAGCUCAUGUUGAAGGCAUUGCCACAAGUGGUUUAUGAGGUAGAGUGGGAUUUGAUAAUGGUGGAUGCACCGACGGGCUAUCACGAUGAUGCACCAGGGAGGAUGGGAGCUAUCUAUACUGCUGGAAUGAUGGCUAGGAAUAGGAAAGAAGGAGAGACUGAUGUGUUUGUGCAUGAUGUGAACAGGGUCGUGGAGGAUAAGUUCUCCAAGACCUUUUUGUGUGAAGGGUACAUGAAGGAGCAAGAAGGUCUUAUUAGGCACUUCACAAUUCCAAGUCACAGAGACAGUCCUGAUAGGCCUUUUUGCCCUUCCAGUUCCACCUAGAGAAGUUGACAGAAGGGUUUGAUUUGUUUGCUCAUGCUGCUACCAUGGUCCCUCUGAUAUGUUGAUUUGUAUCGAUCAAGUUAAGACCAUCUGGAAACCUAUGUGAACUGCAUCAUUCAAUUUGAGUUUCUUGGGGAACCAAGAAUGCAACUUGCAUCUUUUGUAUUCAUGUGAUCUGGGUUCCAAGGCUUUUGGGGCUAUGGCUUGAUAGGAUGGAGAUGAGUAUUUAUUUACAAUUUGAAUUCUUCUGCUUCCCUUUGUUUCCUUAUCUUUUUUUAAUUGAAUAUAUUGUGAGUUUUUCAUCUCCCCUUUCAAUGUGAAAACUGAAUUAUUUUUCCCAAAUGUAGUAACAAGAAAUGAGUUCAACUAAAUGCCAACUGCUUCAAA